AUGGUCAUGCCUCGCUCCCUCGCGCCUAUCUUCUUCCUCUUCCUCCUCAUCUCCACCGCGCCCGCCGCGCGCACAACCGUCCCCGUCGCCGACAAUCUCCAGGACACGUGCAACAAGACUCUGUUCCCCAAGGUCUGCAUCUCGUCGCUGGCGGCCAACCCGGAGAGCCGGACAGCGAGCCCGCGCCGGCUAGCCGAGCUGUCCGUGUACGUGGCUGCCGAGGUGGGCACGGCCGUGGCCGCGUUCGCGAACCACGAGCUGAACGCCGCCAAGGACGACGCCCUGUUCAAGUGCCUCGACAGCUGCUCUGACGACAUCGAGGAGACCGUGGCGCACCUCAGCGCGCUCACCCGGGAGCUCACCGACGCCAAGUUUCUCGAGGUCAAGUCCUGGCUCUCCUCCACACUCGGCGGCACCUCCACCUGCGAGGAGGCCUGCAAGGACGCGCCCAUCAGCGACGUCAAGAACGCUGCCGUCACCAAGAGCUUUGAGUUCGAGAAGUUGCUACGCGUCACGCUCGACCUCAUCACCGAGGCGUCCGGAUCCAUGUCCGCCGAGGUCGCCCUGCCUCCCUCGGCGUUGGGCGCCGACGCCCCGUCGUAUGGGGCGCCGUACGGGGCGCCCUCGCCGUUCGGAGGUUACGGCUCGUCCGCAGACGCCCCUGCUUAUGGCGCUGACGCGCCAGCAGGGUACGGCGCCAGCGGGCCAUCACCUGUCGCCAUGCCAUCGUACGGCGCCAGCGGACCAUCACCUGUCGCCAUGCCGUCGUACGGCACCAGCGGGCCGGGUGCUGAUGUUCCGGCGCCGUCAUACGGCCCCCCCGGCUCAUUAGCACCAUCCUCGGACGCCAGUGCUUUCGACGCCGACGCGACUGCAUGA